AACCAUCCAAUGGAAGAACUCUGCCUCUUCCUUCCUCUCUGGCUUUUAAAUAGAUAAAUCUUUUUUUGUUUGUUUUGUUUUUAAGGAACAUUAAAGACAUAAAUUCCCAAAUUGCAAAGAAAUACAGGGAACUGCUAAGAAAACCUGUUCUUGAAGGAGAACUCAGGCUCCUCCCACAACCCGGCUGGCCCCUUGGCUGAGUUGGGACUUGAAUGACAGCCCGGUGCUUGGCACUCAAUGAAAGCCGCAACUGUUAUCUCCGCAAGGGUACGACCCUAGACGAAAACUCUGAGGAGGAGCCAGCCGGCGUCCUUGCAGUUUCGCGGCGACAGGGUCGGGACUCAAGGCGGAACCAGGGGCUCCGCCUCCUCUCCCCUGCUCCAGCGCGGACUCCACGUGGUUCUCUCAAGUCCGGGUUGUGCUGGCAGACGGCUGCAGGUUGGGGUGGUGCUGCUGGGAGAAUCACCAGCCCAGAAGGGGGUGGUCUGAAACUUUAAUCCGGACCAGAGCGAGAAACACUCCUGGGAGACAGAUCUAUAGACUCCUCCGGCUUAUGCCAGGCUUGCGACGACCAGCCUGGGACUGAAAGUCCCAAAGCGCCAGGCGACAAAGGAGCGACCCGAGAAGGAAAGGACAGGUCACCUCCCGGCCGUCCAUGGCGGCGCUGGCCCGCGGACUGUGCCACAUCGCUUUCCAUGUGCCUAUUGGGCAGCCCCUCGCCCGGGACCUGCAGCUCCUGUUCGGCUUCCAGCCCCUUGCGGUGCGGGAGGCAAAUGGCUGGCGGCAGCUGGCUCUGCGCAGUGGCGAUGCUGUUUUUCUGGUUAAUGAGGGCACAGGACCCGGAGAACCACUGUACGGGCUGGACCCGCACCACGCUGUGCCCAGCGCCACGAACCUGUGCUUCGACGUGGAGGAUGCCCGCGCCGCCUCCCGGGCGCUGGCCGCUAGGGGCUGCAGCUUGCCAGUGCCUCCUGUGAGCUUGCGGGAUGCCAAAGGAGCCGCCACCUACGCCGUGGUGCGCUCACCUGCCGGAAAUCUCAGCCUGACCUUGCUGGAGCGUGCCGGCUAUCGCGGACCCUUCCUUCCUGGCUUCAGGCCAGUGCCCUCCGUGCCAGGCCCAGGCUGGGUCAGCCACAUUGACCACCUCACCUUGGCUUGUAUUCCUGGCAGUUCCCCCAGACUUUUCCGCUGGUUCUGUGACUGCCUGGGGUUUCACCACUUGCCGCUGAGUGCAGGUGAGGACCCAGAGCUGGGCCUCGAGGUUAGAGCAGAAUCCGGAUGCGGGGGCUUGCGACUCACGGCCCUGCAGACCCCACCGGGCACUAGCGCCAUCCCUACCCUCGUGCUGGCUGAGUCCCUACAGGGGUCCACCAGCAGGCAGGAUCAGGUAGAGCAGUUCUUGGCCCGGCACAGGGGACCUGGCCUGCAACAUGUAGGGCUGUACACGCCAAACAUCAUAGAGGCAGCCAAGGGAGUGACGGUGGCUGGCGGACAGCUCCUGACUCCUCCUAAGGCCUACUACCAGCAGCCAGGCAAAGAGGAACAGAUCCUAGCUGCAGGGCAGGUGCCUGAUCUUCUGGCCCAACAAGGAAUCCUCCUGGAUGGCCACGAGGGCAAGUUCCUACUGCAGGUCUUCAGCAAGUCCCUGUUUGCGGAGGACACCUUCUUCCUGGAGCUGAUUCAGAGGCAGGGUGCCACAGGCUUUGGCCAGGGCAACAUCAGAGCCUUGUGGCAGUCUGUGCAGGAACAAGCUGCCAAGGUCCGGGACAACUGCGGAGGGUCAGAGCACACACACCCAAGGCGAGGAGAGUGAACAGCUGUGCCUGCGGGGGCCAAGUGUGGCUUCUGUCUCAUCAAGAGGGACCAGAAGUUGAGAGACACUCCCUGGGUUCCAAAGAGGUGGGAUUUUUGU